CUAUAAAUAUGGAGGAAAUCGUUGUUUCUAUGAGUUUGUUAGGUUUUGAAACCGCAGAAUCAUCUAGAUUAAGAUAUCUCUUACGAAAUAUUAGAUGUGAGGGUACCACAGCUUUUAGAGAUGCCGUGGUAAAAGGAAAUGAACUAAUGUUAUAACUAUUUUCUAUGUUCUUAAAAGUAGGAAUACAUGAAAAGUUUUAAUUUGUUCAUGUAGUACUUACUGAUGGAGCUGAUUGUUCAUCCUAAAUUAGCCACUUGGAAUUUUUAAAAUAUCAAGCUUAUAUCAAUAGUCAGCUACCUCCAUCAAUUCUAAAAACCUUUUAUAUAGGUGUAGGACUUGAAAAUGAUUACAAAGUGAGCGAACAAAUGCUAUAAAUAAUUUAAUGUAGUGGGGAAUCAGCAUAAUAUUAUCCUAUUAAUAGUAAUGGUAUUAAUGAAAUAUUUUAAAAAAUCUAAAUGGAGAUUGGAAUACAAAUUCAACAAAAAGGUCUUCUUAUUUAAAAUGAUUAAAUGACUAUUGGAUUAAUGUAAUAGUAAUAUAAACCAGUCAUUUAAUUGAAAGUUAAUAAUUAUAUUGUACUCUUCACACUAGAUAUUUCAGGAUCAAUGUCAUCAAAUUGGCCAAAAGUCUGUAAUGCUGUCUCUUCCUUUUUGGAUAACCUUGGAAAAAAUGAUUUAGUAUUAGGUAUCACUUUCAAUAGUGAAGUUAACAUUAUAACAAUGUCGGAUUAACUCAAAAAGUAAAUUACUAACUAAACUUAAACAUACAAUUAAACUUAAACAUACAAUUAAACUUAAACAUAUAAUUAAACUUAAACAUAUAAUUAAAAUAAAUACAGUCCAAAAGAUUCUGUGGUUAAAAAUGAAGAUUAGUGUUGCUGCUCUAUCUUUUGA